AUGGAGCAUUUCCCGGUCGACUGUGCCUUCGGCUGUGAUCAUGCCCUCAGCUUCGACAGCUUUGACUUGAGGCGCUUGACUGGCACGGCAGUAAGCGAAGGAUGGGCCAAACAACAAAUUGAGCAGGUUCUUUCCUCCUAUGAAAGGGCCCGAGCCGUUAUGUCGCGACAGGGCAUUCAUGAGCUGUGCAGUUACCUUAAAACCGCUCUCGAUUUGAACCUUAUACUAAGCAAGAUCCGCAGGAAGGUGGUAGGGGUAGGAAAAUACUUCAGAAGCGGGCCCUGCCCUUACUAUCCCUUCUUCUUUGCCGUUCAGGCAAUAUUUGAGGAGGGAGACGGGGCUUUGCGGAAGAUGUACUCAACCAUGGAGCAACACUGGGGCGUCAGGCUCGACCCCAAGCAGCCAUUCUAUCCGCAUCUCGAUAACGCUGAAAGAGAGCGUGUUCUCUUCAUGGGCAGGCAGGAGACCGAGAAUCGGAUCCCGCCUGUGCUCAAGCAUAGUUCUCGUCCAAGCUCGUCAAACAGCCAGAUCAUUGCCGUGGACGAUAACUCCUCCUUAUCCAACGUUCAAGAGUCGACUAACAACAGCAGCAACGCCACCCCUGACAAAUACCAACAAGAGCUCAUCAACAUUCAGAAUGAGUUUGGAAAGCGCCUGUCCGAAGUUCAGAGCCGAAUCCAAGAGGAAAAAGCAGGGUCUUGGGAAGCAACCCAGGGAGAAUUUGACGAAGCAUACGAGAAGGCGAAGGAGCUCCACAUGCAUGCAGCUCAAGCUCAGAAGUAUACAGACAAAGCGCAAGAUCACAUUACUAAAGCUCAAGAGUGUAAUGAUCAGGCUCAGCAACAUGUAGAGACUGCUGUUGAGAUGGCUAAGUCGCUCAUGGAAAGAUUUGUUUCGGUCGGUGGUGGUGAGCGCCUUAGCAAGCGGCUGCGUAAGAACUGA